AUUACUCUAUUUUAUGAAGCAAUUAUAAUACAUGCCCCUCUCUCUAUCAAUCUAUCUUUCUUCAUAUAUCUCUCUUAUAAAUCUCUCAUCUCAAAAUUACUUACUCAUACCCUCUUGCUUCUUUCGCAUCAAAGAUUACAUGUACGAUCUGCUGGUUCAGGAAAGAUUCUUUUUUCAAUCAAAUUUUGUUGAAAAGAUUGCUUCUUAUGUUCAUUUUUGUCAGAAAGCUGACAACUUUUCUUCUGGGUUCUUUGUUUUGAUGAUAUUCUCAAUUCAUAAAUUUUAGUUUUCAGUGUUUUCUAGUCCAAAGUUGAGCCUUUUUAGAGGGGUUUCUUGGAUCUUUUGGGAGAAUAUUAUGAAAAAUUAGGGUGGGGUUUGUUUGAGGUGAAGUGUAAUGGCAGGAGAGGAUUUGAUUGAGCUGAAAUUCAGGUUAGCAGAUGGUACUGAUAUUGGCCCCACCAAAUAUGCUCCAGCAACUUCAGUGGCAACUCUUAAAGAGAAGAUAAUUUCACAGUGGCCAAAAGAUAACGAAAAUGGUCCAAAGACCGUAAAUGACCUGAAACUCAUAAAUGCUGGAAAGAUUCUUGAAAACAACAGGACACUUGCCGAGUCCAGACUUCCAGUUGGUGAACUUCCUGGAGCUGUCAUCACCAUGCACGUGGUUUUGCGGCCUCCUAUGCCAGACAAAAUCAGCGACAAGCUCCGGAAGGAUUCUGCAAAAAAGACGGGGUGUUCAUGCUCAAUCUUGUAGUUGGAAGUUGCCAAAUUCGUCAAGGUUUCUUAAGCUAGUGUUGUUUUCUAUCAAGUAUUUGAUCGUAGAUGGUAGUUAUGAUGCAGAUCAGAAACCAUGACGGUUUCCAGAAUUCUGUCAAGUGGCCACAGAAAUUUUUUGACAAAUUGUUUCUGGAGCUCUUAAUUCCGAAUGUCAUCAGACAGCGUGAAGCUUGCUAACCAAGUUUGCCUUGUUGGUUUCCUAAUCAAAUUACUCUAUAGUUCCCCUGUUAAUUUUACAUGCAAGACGGUUUCUUCUUCCUGCACAAAUUGGAAAAAGAGAACAAAAAUUACAAAAGAAACUAAAUGGAAUAUAUAUACAAGAAAAUGAUUGAUUUGUUUUGGUUUUUGCCUUUAUCAGGCUGCUCACAGAACAGUGAAGAAAAUUAUUGUUUCAUAUGAUCAUUAAAGUUUGUAAUCAUCUGUGUGAACCCUUGCUUUCGCUAAAAACUUCUGAUUUCUCUUGGAAUUAAUGAAUAAACAUUAGUGUGUUUGAUUA